AAGACAUCAGAGGACCCGUCUGUGUACAGAACUGACAGAAACAUGGUGCAAAUAGAAACACUGAAGGACUUAUCUGAACUGGGACAGUCUGGAUUUGGUCAGCCGUUGCCCAGACAUGGUCUCCGCUUGCUGUGGUGGUUUGCCAGGGAAUGUGUUUGGAUUGACAGUAAUGAACGCAUGACUGCACUGUGCAACCCCACACAAGGAGAAUUUGGCUUCCGUCGAUUCUUCAAUGUAGAAAAACUUCUUCCUAACACCCAACUAAUGUACUAUGAGGUUGGCAAUCUGAACACCCUGAAUGCAGCACUACCUCCUUAUGUCACUGAGAAUUACACUGGCAGAACAGAUGACAGCAACACUGAUCGCAUCAUUAUUUCAUUUGAUAAAAAUCUGAAUAGGUUUGACUGCAUUUAUGUGACAAAACAUUCAGAUAAAUCCCAUUUUAACCGCAACUGCACCUUCCGCAUCAGCCAAGGUCUCAUAAAACUCAUACAACGCUUAAGCUGGAAAGAACUGGAAGAAACUGUGAACAAACAGAGAUCUGAUUCAGAGUUCUCUCUGCAGUGUGAAUCAAUUAGUGACGAGGAAGAGUCAUCAGAAUACAUAUCACUAUUAAUUAGUGACGAACAGUCAUCAGACACAUCACGUUCCCGUGCACGUAGGCCUAGUACCCCAGAAAUAUGCUGUUCUCCGAAAUGCUGUUGUGUUUGUCUAUGUCUUUUAUCUGUAGCCAUUAUGUUUUAUUUUCACGUUAUAUAGGGCAUUUUUUCCUAUUUAUUGAAAGUGAAAGAUUAAGCUCUGAGAGCAUGAAACUGUCAUGAAACUGUCCAAAGGUUCCAUGUGUGAUAGUUCAGUCUUCUGAAUAAUUGCUUUCUAUCAGAUCAAAGUUUAAGUUGUUAUACACUGAUAAUCUUGAAAUAAUUGUAUUUCAGUUGUAUUCCAUGUAUAUGAACAUGUUUACAAGUAUAUUCCCCCAUUAUAUAUAAAUAUAUUUAUACAUAUUUAGUGUCUUUAUAUAUAAACAUGGUCUUUUUAAACAUAGUUGCUCCUAAAAUCAAGUUUUUCUAUCAUCUAUCCAUCCAUCAUCCAUCCAUCCAUCCAUCCAUCUAUCUAAAAUUAAUCAAUCAAUCAAUCCUUCAUCCAUCCAUCCAUCAAUCAUCCAUCCAUCCAUCAAUCCAUCCAUCAUCAAUCAAUCCAUCCAUCCAUCCAUCCAUCAUCAAUCCAUCCAUCCAUCAUCAAUCCAUCAAUCCAUCCAUCAUCAAUCCAUCCAUCCAUCCAUCCAU